AUGGGUGAGGAAGUGAUCCUACGACGAGAAGAGGAUUCCAUCAGCAAUUCUGUCCUUCUCCUCAAUCCCUCUCAGACCAUUCCGACCCGAUGCCAAAUCGAUUAUUGGAAUUUUUACGCGAAAACAACCUCGGUAAAGCACUCGGUCUAUCUGCAGAUAUGGCGUCCUACCAAAUUAACUCUUCAGUAUUAUUACUCCGAACGGCAGAACCAAUUGAAACAUCAACAGCAGACACAAAACCGACAAAAACCGUCUCCGAAACCGUCGAAACCGCUUCGCAACAAUCAAUCCGGUAAACAACGCAUUCCUUCAGAGACAACGUCAUUUCCGGCCUUUUCAAAAACAUCACCAACACCAUCGUCAUUAUCGGUGUCGUCGUCAUCAUCGCCAUCCUCAUUGACCUAUAAGCUGGUCAGCCAAACGUUCGUGCACCCGGAAAAACUUCGAAAUCACGAGGUCCGCAUCGAGCCUCCAAUCAAUGUCGAGAAAGGUGACGUCAUCGGCAUUUACUUCCCCGGCUACAAUCCUAUUGGUUGGUCAAUUGUGCCUUGCUCCAACAACUACUUACAACGAUAUCGAAUACAGAAAUUCGGUUCUAAACCGAUCAACAUGUCAACUGGUCAAGAAUUUGAAUUUUUUUCGUCUGCUUAUUAUUUCAAUUUUUCCGCCAAUUUCGAAAGAUCUCUGGUAGGAGAAUGUCGUGCGUAUAGCGUCAUGGCACUUUUUAGAUUUCUGUCCGAUUUUUGUUUUCUUUUAUUUACUGACCAGCGUCCGUGCCGUCCAUUCAUUCUCUCUAACACCAUCGACACUGUUUGCUCACUGUCAACGACAAUGAACACAUAA